AUGAACGUAACAAAAGGACAACUGUUCUUCGAUACUACUUAUAAAGUCCACGGAAAUUCUGAACAGCCCAUUCACUGUUUCGCCCAUUUUGGGACUCACCUUGAACACAACCAAUGCGACAGUAACAAGGGCGACGAUAGCUACGACAACAGCGCAGCGUGUGAACGAGACCGUGGGAACCAAUGGUCUGGACAGCUGCGGGCCUAUCGUUUGUCUUCAGUUGAGUUUCUCACGCUCUUUCGCUGUCAUAUUUGUACCCGGUGCGUUCGACUUCAUACAACGGAUACUAGCUCGAUGCCAUCAAGUACCAUGUCAGGAUUCACUUAUCGUACAGGAGUCUGUCAAGAAGAUGCGUUCCGUUCACUACUUGAAACAGACCUAUUCGGAUCCGGUCCACCGGAGGUGGCUGAAAAGGAAAACAUGCGUGCAAAAAUCAUGUUGGAUAGCUGCAGUGAGUUGCUUCGUUCGGAAGAGGUUCUCACCUGCAAAGUUGAACCACCAGCAACGUUCUCACCUGCAAAGUUGAACAACAGCACCAGCAACAACAACAACAACAACGACACCGAGCAUCAGCAAUGCCCAUCCAACGGUCAAACGGAAUCAACACAGCAGUCACCUGCGGACAGUCGCUUUGGUCCUGGGACACUGACACAACAGACAAUGAGUGCAGAUAUCGGUCAGUUAUUCAAUCCCGGUGUACCGUAUCCCUGUGGACAUCCCUCGUCCGUGAAUCCAGCUUCCCCCAUCUUCCCACCUCCUCCUAAUUCCACCAACCACACAAGUGGACUACCGGUUGCUGUCGGCUCUUCAGCAGCAGUUGCGGCGGCGGCCGCUUUGUACCCAGCUGCUGCCGUGGCGGCAGCCGCAGCUGUGGCACAAUCUUUGACCUCAUCGACCACUGUUCAUGAGCAACUCUAUUAUUCAAGUAAACCUUCCACGGGCACUAGAUCCUCUGGCCAGGAGGAAUUUACCUCUGCCAAUUUGUCUGCACAGCCUACCCAUUCUACGUUGUACAACCUACAGUCGUCCGGUAACAGUCUGGAAGGUUGCGGUAACGGUUCAUCCCGUCUAGAUUAUUCCUUUUAUCAACCUUACUUGUCACUUGCCAACCGAACCCACGAAAAGACGUCCUACGGUCCUAACUUUGACAGUGCAUUCAGUCAUCCCGAACCCAAGACCAAUACGCAUUUGCGCGACUCGACAGAAAACGGUCGAAUUUCAGAACCGACCGGUCGAACAAGCGUGAUGGAGCUUGCCACAAAUGCGUCGGCCCAUUUGGAACAACUGAUCAACCAAAAUGCACUAGACUUACAUUUCACUCGGACUAGUCUGCCACACUACAGCAGCGGUGCCUUCACAUCUGUCCAACACCCGAGUGACCUCUAUGGGCAAAUGCAUUCCUCUCCAUCCUCGUCCUCCCUACAGCAACAACACUCACAACAACCAUUAACCCCAGCUGCCAGUUACAGUCAAUUACUCCAAAGCCCACAGGUGUUUAGCAGUUUGCACAAAACCGCAUUCAACUCCCAGACAUGUCUCCCGGAUACCGCUUUAGACAUCCCCAACGGCCGUUCUCAUAUCAAUCGCGCUACGGCUGAUGAUACAGCAAUUUCCUCAACCAACGCUUUGCUGACCCAGUCGGAUACCACCUUUGGAGACCACAACCUGAUGAAAGAAGAGCAUGUUCCGUCUACGUCAAAUAAAUUUCCAGAUCUCUCCCAAAUGAACCGUGUUCCUAGCUCACUCAGUUACUCUCAUUUACCCCGGAGCGACUUGUCUACUGAACACACUAAUUUCGACGAAGCAGUCCACGUGGAGCCCCUUGGAGCACUCACACGUCAAAUGAUGACUGCUUAUUUAGCCGACAGGCGAGAUCAGGUCCUUGUUAUCCUUCAUGCCAAAGUCGCUCAAAAGUCGUACGGAACGGAAAAAAGGUUUUUCUGUCCACCACCUUGUGUUUAUUUGCGAGGAGAAGGUUGGGGCAUAACCCCCGAUAAACAGAUGUCCCUAAGUGACGGCGCGAACUCCGGUGAAUUGGAAUCUGGAAGCGAUCAGAGAAGUGGGCAUGAAAUUCCGUCGUGUUCUACCCUUCCUCAAGUCAGUUAUCCCUGUCUAGUUCCCUCCGCCUCCGGUCAGAUGAGCGGGGCCAGUUCAGCCCUAGGAAGUUCAGACGCAUCACAGUUACUUGCUUUUAUGGGCAUCGGUGGCACGAGUUCACCACAAGAAAUGGUUCAACUGAAUUUGGACAGAGGACGUGACUACUCGAAUGCCAAAACUCUGUUUAUCUCCGAUUCGGACAAGCGGAAAUAUUUUAUGCUCAUGCUGAAAAUGUUCUAUCCGAGUGGCAGAGACCUAGGCCAGUUUCACUCACGGCGAAUCAAGGUGAUCUCCAAACCUAGCAAAAAGAAGCAGUCUUUGAAGAACACUGAUUUGUGUAUCGCUUCGGGCACCAAAGUCGCACUGUUCAACCGGCUUCGCUCGCAGACCGUAAGUACUCGCUAUCUGCAUGUUGAAGAUGCCAGUUUCCAUGCCAGUUCAAGCCGGUGGGGAGCCUUCACGAUAAAUCUCUUGGCAGAUGAUGAGGGAGAAGCAGAACAGUUUACCGUCCAGGACGGAUACAUUCACUACGGACACACAGUGAAGCUGGUCUGUUCGGAGACCGGAAUGGCAUUGCCCCGUCUGAUCGUACGUAAAGUUGAUAAAACAACAGUGCUGUUGGAUGCGGAUGACCCAGUGAGUCAGUUGCACAAAUGUGCGUUCCACUUGAAGGACACCGAUCGCAUGUACUUAUGCUUGUCUCAGGAUAAGAUUGUACAGCUUCCCGCAGCCGCUUGUGAAGACAAUCCGAACCGAGAGAUUAUCAACGACUCAGCUGCUUGGACGAUCAUUAGUACGGAUCGAGCGGAGUACCGCUGGUUCGAACCGAGUCGUCUGACGAUAUCGGAUCUGCGUCCAUCUCAGCUACCUUUGAUCACAACACCGGUCACUCCAGUCCCAUUAGUGAGAGACAUGAGAGUCAACGGCGGUGGGGACGUGGCAAUGGUUGAACUGGUUGGAGAAAAUUUCAGUCCACGACUUCAAGUGUGGUUUGGGGAUGUGCCCGCCCAAACGUUUUAUCGGUGUGAAGAACUACUACUUUGUUUUGUGCCAGACAUAUCAGAGUUUUUUCAAGAUUGGAAGUACAUACAGCAGGCUCUGGAGGUGCCUAUCAGCCUGGUACGACACGACGGCCUAAUCUAUUCGAGUGGCUUAACAUUUACAUAUCACCCGGAAUCCGGCCCAAGACAACAUUGUCAACCCGCGUUGGACAUUAUCAAAGCAGUAACAUUAGCCGCUGCUGCCGCGGCGGCCUCUAAACUAUCGCCAAAUAAAUCUACGGAUACACAACCAUCAGAUGGACAUUCUAACAGAGGUUCUGCAGACAGAAAUGCCACAAACAUGUACACCACUGGCGGAACUCAGUUGUCUCUCGAUAGGACGUCGAAUAUUACUUGUCCAGCGGACAGUCAAUCUUAUCUCACCCCAGGUGCAAGCGACCCGGCAGUAAACGCUUAUGGUGAAGGGACAACUAUGGGGCGAGCAUCUUUUCAUCCGGAAGACACAAUCACCAUGUUUUCCAGGGGAUCCUGUAACCCCAUGCUGUCCUCAUCGUUAGGACCCCGGUCCGAAUCAGCUGUCAACUUUUUCAUAAAGGAAACUACUCACAAGGUUGCUGAAAACUCUUCGACAGCCCACGACCGGUUUUGCCCUUCUUGGGGCUCAUCAGGUAGGCGCAGUCUCCGAGUUUCCGUCAACCUUAUGUUCCACUUGAACCCAAAUUGCACUGUUUUCGAGAAAUACACUCAUUUGCAAAUCAAUUUGGUUUUCACGAGAGACUCAAUUGAAUCUCUCGUUUAUGAUGUCCUCCAGCUGAAUGUGCUGCACACAGGCCGCCUCAUGAUUCAGUUGGCACGAUAUUCGAAUUUUUGA